AUGAUCACCGACAUGCAGCUCGCCAUCUUUGCCAACAUGCUGGGCAUGUUGCUUUUCCUGCUGGUCGUCCUCUACCAUUACGUGGCUGUCAACAACCCCAAGAAGCAGGAGUGA